AUGGACAUUGAUCCCUACGAAGUUCUACAGGUGAAGAAGUCUGCUACGCCGCUUGAUAUCAAGCGCUCGUACAAGAAGCUUUGUCUACAAUACCAUCCGGACAAGAUUAGACAGCUUAACACAGAACAUGAUGACCAAUAUUUCCCCCAGAUCCAAUUUGCAUACAGCAUUCUUUCUGAUCCCGCCAAAAGAAACCGCUAUGAUACCACGGGAUCGCUUGGAUUUUCAGGAGAUGAGGACUUUGAGUCGUUUGACUGGAAGGAAUACUUUGGCACAGUGACAGAAAAGAUCUCGAUCGAGAUGAUUGAGGAAGACAGGGCCAAGUACCAGGGCUCAGACGAGGAGAGGGAAGAUAUUUUGCAUAAUUUCGAAUACUAUGAUGGCGACUUUCUCCGGCUUUUCGAGGUGAUACCACAUUUGGAGUUUGACGAGCAACAAGAGCAGCGUGUUUUCGACAUCGUUGAGACGGCGCUCCAAAAUGGUGACGUUGAGUGUGACGACGCCAUGCAGAAGUCAUGGAUGAAGUAUAAAAAGUCCAGGAAAACAAAGGUGAAGCAGAAGUUAAAGCAAAUGGCCAAAGAAGCCAAAGAAGCCGAAGAGUUGUCGAAGACGAUCAAGGAGAAGAAGCGGCCGUGCAACGAAAACGACUUGCAAGCAAUGAUCCAGAAGAGAAAUGCCGGGAGAUUGGAUGAUUUGAUCUCAAGUUUGGAAAGCAAGUACGUGAAAAAAGGAAAGAAACGAAGCGAACCAGAUGACGCCGAGUUCGAGCGGAUCCAGGCAAAGUUGAAGAAGCGCAAGUAG